AUGACGACGGAUGAUUUGUCCAAGGGGAAGGAUGUAAAUGAUGAAGAGGAGGGGACCAAGCACGGAACCUUGGGGGACACCAUUGUACUGUCAGCGUUUCAGCAGCAGAAGGAAGUGAAGUUGAAAAGCUCUCCGGCUGAUUUGGUGACAGAAACUGACCAAAGAGUCGAGAAGAUCCUCAUCUCCGCCAUCAGGAACAAAUACCCACAACACAGGUUCAUCGGGGAGGAGUCUGUAGCUGCAGGUGAGCGUCUGGAGCUGACUGACAGUCCCACCUGGAUCAUUGACCCCAUCGAUGGCACUGUAAAUUUCGUACACAGGUUUCCAUUCGUGGCCAUCUCCAUCGCCUUCACCGUCAACAAGCAGACGGAGUUCGGGAUCGUGUACAGCUGUGUGGAGGACAAACUGUUCUAUGCUCAGAGAGGAAGAGGAGCGUUCGUGAAUGGAGAACCCCUGCAUGCGUCUGGACAGGAAGACGUGAACAGGUGUGUGGUGGUGACAGAGAUCGGAGCGGAGCGUGAUGAUCUAGCUCUGUCCACCAUGACCUCCAACAUCUUCAGACUCCUGAAACUUCCUGUUCACGGUAUCCGUGCGUUGGGGACGGCAGCGGUCGACAUGUGUCAGGUUGCGACGGGUGGAGCCGACGCCUACUACCACAUCGGGAUGCACUGCUGGGACAUUGCGGCCUCUGCAAUUAUCGUCCAGGAGGCGGGAGGCGUUGUCAUGGAUACGGACGGGUCAGAGUUCGACAUGAUGUCCAGGAGAGUCAUCGCUGCCAGCUCUGCUGCUGUGGCCAAUGAUAUCUCUAAGGUCAUCAAGGUGUUUCCCUGUCGCCGUGACGACGAGGACAUCAGGUGUGUCGGUGGGGCGACAGAUGAAAACUGAGUGUAGGUCAUCUGACAGAAUGUCUCAUUGAGUUGUAUCUGUUGAAUGUUGUAACGUUAUGUUGUAAAUCAGGUUCCACAAAUACAUCUUAAGGAAGCUCAUCGAGAUUUAACCAGUAAAUUUAUUAUUUCCUAAUUAAUAAACACAUCCAAUAAAUCCUCAUUUUGUCAUUUUCAUUGUCCAUACUGUUAUUUUACUUAUUUAUCUUAGUCUG